CACCCCGAUCCCUCCGACUCCACAGGUUGGUUUAGGAGGCUCCUACACAAGCCCAAGUCCAGCUCGGUGGAGAGCAGCCUCAACACCAGCCGCUCUGCUUCAUCUUCACCUUCCUCCUCCUCAUCCUCCAGCUCUUCUCCCAGCAUGGGCCUGACCAGGUCCGUCCGCCCGUCGCCCACGUUGGACGUCAACUCCAGCGCCCGGUGGGCCAAGAGCUACGACGUCUGCAUCUGCCACAGCGAGGUGGACCUGGAGCUGGUGGUGGAGCUGGUGUCCUACCUGGAAGGUCAACCCGAAAGCUUCCGUUGCUUCCUCCAGCUUCGGGACGCGGUGCCGGGGAGCGCGGUGGUGACCGAACUGUGCGACGCCGUCCAAAACAGCCACUGUUGGGUCAUGCUCAUCACCCCGGGCUUCCUCCAGGACCCGUGGUGCAAGUACCAGAUGCACCAAGCCUUGGCCGAAGCUCCCAUGGCCAACGGCCGCACCAUCCCCGUGCUGAAGGACGUGGAGAGGAAGGAUUACCCCAGGGAGCUGAGGAACCUCUACUACAUCUCCAUGGCCAUGAAGGAGAACGGAUUCCGGCAGAUCCGGGACACCGUCGUGCGCUGUGAGUACGUGAGGAC